AUGACGCAAAUGAUCCCCUACAUUCUACCUCUGCUCUUAGGAAGAACUUUUGACCUGGACAAAAUGCAAGUUGGCAUUGAUAUUUUCCCCAAAAGCGUCAUUUCUAAUCCAACUGUCAUACAAAACCCAGGAACAAGAAAUCGUUACAAAAUAGUGGACAAUACUAUUGCGGCAAGAGAUUUACUGGAUGUCGAAGGAGCAUUCUCUCUUAACGUGAAAGCCGGAGUGUUCAAGGCUGGAGCUUCUGGUCAAUAUCUUGCCGAUACGUACAACAAGGAAAAUACCGUAGAAAUAGCGAUUACAUCCACUUACGAAACGGUAACGGAGCAAAUACCAGCUGAUGCAAAACCGUUUCCUCUGUGGAGCCAGUUUGGUGAUGCCUUGGGAACCCAUUUUGUCAGAAGCAUUACUUAUGGUGGUGAGCUUGUUGCUUCAGUCCGUCUGUCAUCCAAUAACACUCGAGACAGACAAAAAAUCAAAGCUGCAUUCGAAAUUGGUGGUCGUCUGGAGAUAUUUGACCUCGGUGUGGAAGUGGAAGGUGGUUACGAAAAAGAACUCACUAAAUCUGUCGAGUCAACCCAAAUCAAAAUCUACAGUUCCGUGCCUCUAAGCAAGGCCCCUAAUGAUAUGGAGACACUGAAAGAAACCCUGGAUGUGUUUCCGGAGGACCUCAAAAUUUUCAAUGACGGCAAAGGAGUUCCUCUAAAAAUGGAAUUGUGGCCCUUAGAGCUCCUGGAUUCUUCACGGCCCUCACGCUUGAGAAAUAGGUAA